AUGCGGUUGAUGAAAAAGAAUUAUCAGCAUGUCUUUGCCUUCAAUUUUGCUAUUGAUGAGAUCAACAAAGAUUCAAACCUUCUACCCAAUUCUACUCUGGGAUUCCAGAUCUAUGAUAAUAUGUUCCAAGCAAGAUUAAACUAUGAUAUCACACUGUCCUUGCUGUCAGCAAAGAAAAACAGCUUCCCUAAUACCAGGUGCAGAAUGCAAAAGAUGUUGGCAGUCAUUGGAGCACUUGGCUCCGAAGCUUCUAUGCAAAUAGCCACUCUCUUAAGCCUCUACCAGAUUCCACAGCUCAGUUAUGGCUCAUUUCACCCAGGACUGAGCGAUAAAACCUAUUUCCCUUUUACCUACCAAAUGGUCCCAAACGACAAUACCCAGAAUGAAGGGAUAGUGCACUUGAUAAAAUAUUUGGGAUGGACAUGGAUUGGCCUUAUUGUUUCAGAUGAUGACAGUGGUGAACGGUUUGUGCAAAGUAUGAAAUGUAUGCUCAAUGAGAAUGGCAUCUGUGUUGCCUUUGCAGAGAAGGCACCAUUAGUCUUUCUCCAAUCCUCUAGUGCAUGGAAUAUAUUUUCUAAGGGAAAUAUCCUGGCAACACUUCAUAGGACCAAAGCCAAUGUGAUUGUUGCAGAUGGAGACACUUACUCAAUGCAAGGUUUACAGAUGAUGCUGUAUACUGAGUAUUACUUGGGAAGGAAUCCCAAAGAGAAGGUUUGGAUUACCACAGUCCAGUGUGAUUUCACCUCAAGUGUUAUUUGGAAUAACUGGAACCUGAAAUACUUCCAUGGCUCCUUGUUCAUGACAAUCCACAAAAACCAUGUACCAGGAUUUCAGAGUUUUCUCCAGAUGUAUGACCCUCACCGGCACCAAAAUAGUUUAUUUAUGAAAAUGUUUUGGGAAGCUGCAUUUCAGUGCAGAACUCUAAAUAAAAAGCACUGUACAGGCAAGGAAAAGUUAAAUAGUCUUCCUGGGACUGUGCUUGAAAUGAGCAUGUCUGAUCAGAGCUAUAGUAUCUACAAUGCAGUCCAUGCUUUGGCACAUGCUUUACAUGCUUUUCUUGCACAAGGGCAAAGAGUGAGGGGGAAACCUGCUGGAUUGGAUCAUUGGGCACUGCUGCCAUGGGAGCUCCAGGCAUUUUUGAGAAAAAUUCAUUUCAACAACAGUGCUGGGGAGGAGGUAUUCUUUAAUGAAAACAUGGGAUUGUCUACUGGAUCAUAUGAUAUUGUUAACUUGGUUACUUUUCCAAAUAAAUCUUUCAUCCGAGUAAGAGUUGGAAUGGUAGAUUUCCAGUCUUCUAAUGAAAAAAUUACCAUUAAGAAAGAUGCCAUUAUAUGGCCCAACAUCUUCAACCAGGCAUUGCCUCCUUCUAUGUGCACUGAAAGAUGCCCCCCUGGAUACUACAAAAAAGUUCAUGAGAGUGAACCAUCUUGCUGCUAUUAUUGUUCUCAGUGCCCAGAGGGGACCAUUUCACACCAGACAGAUGCAUAUCAGUGUGAAACAUGCCAAGAAGCUGAACAUCCAAACAAGAAACAAAACAGAUGUAUCCCUAAGGUUACAACUUUUCUAGCCUAUGAUGAACCUUUAGGGAAAGGGUUGGCUUCCACUGGACUUAAUUUUGCUCUCCUCACAGUCCUGGUGCUUACAACCUUCAUUAAACACCAGAAGACACCAGUUGUCAAAGCCAACAACCGGAGCCUUACCUACCUUCUGCUAAUCUCCCUUUUGCUUUGUUUCAUUUGCUCCUUGCUGUUCAUUGGACGACCCAGAAUAACAACCUGCCUUUUCCGACAAGCUGCUUUUGGGAACAUCUUUUCACUUGCACUUUCUUGUGUAUUGGCCAAAACAACCACUGUGGUUGUAGCAUUUAUGGCCAGAAGUCCUGGAAGCAAGAUGAGGAAAUGGAUGGGCAAGAGACUAUCCAACUACAUUAUCCUUUUUUGCUCUCUUAUUCAAGUUGUCAUCUGUGCCAUCUGGCUAUUCACAUCUCCCCCUUUCCCAGAUCUUGAUAUGGUCUCACAGUCUGGGCUGAUUGUAGUGCAAUGUAAUGAAGGCUCAGAUGCUAUGUUUUACAUGGUCCUGGGCUACAUGGGCCUUCAGGCCAGUAUCAGCUUCAUAGUGGCCUUCCUAGCCAGAAAGCUGCCUGACAGUUUCAAUGAAGCCAAGUUUAUUACUUUUAGCAUGCUGGUGUUUUGUAGUGUUUGGAUAUCCUUCAUUCCAACCUAUCUGAGCACCAAGGGGAAAUACAUGGUGGCUGUGGAGAUCUUCUCUAUUUUGGUGUCCAGUGCUGGGUUACUUGGUUGCAUUUUUGCCCCCAAAAUGUUUAUUAUUUUUCUAAGGCCAGAAGUAAACACAAAGAACAAUUUCUUUAGAAAAAAAAAUUUCACAAAAUAGCUUAGGGAAAUCACACUAUUCUAUUCCUAGAAACUGACUGCAUGAGAGGCACUGGUAUAAACACAGGAAUUUGUAGAG